AUGCUGGACCACUUAACCCUUAAGACUCCCGCCGGAAUCAUCGAAACAGAUCUGAAAACUGGGAAAAAUGACAACGUAACAAUUGAGGCUUUAACAAUGACGCGGGAAAAGUGUAUGAGCCGUGAGUUAGUAGAUUCCUUCUUCAGACUUCUGAGGCACAACAGCGACGACGUAAUCAAACAAAAGCUCAAUAAUAUCGACAACCUGAGCUCAAAGGCCAAGGAAGCCCGAUGUGGAGACUUUGUUCAGCGCGAACUGUUCCCAAGUUGGGACUUGCGUCAUGAAGCAAUAAACUUUUGUGAACGUGAAGCGCAACUUAUGAAGAAGGAGAUCGACGGUCGUUUUGGAUCAAGCCACACGGUUGAGCGACCCGUUCUCGAUGCGCGUAUGGACCCUUAUGCAGCUGCCGACAGUUUAUCGCAAAAGGAAUCCUACUACCACGACUGGAGAGAACUGACUCGAUGGAUCCAAAAUCAGCGUGAAAUUGAAGAAAUUUUACAAAAGAAUGGCGCAAGUGUUCUGAACAGGGCUUGCGACCCAGAUGUUGCAUAUAUUGACGCAUUCAAAAAGUUUCAGUUAUCGUUAGGAAAGAAAUAA